AUGCAAUUGAGAGCCACAACAUUGAGUGUACUUUCUACUUUGCAGUAUGAUGCUGUUCCUAUCCAGUCCAGUGUGGCUUUAUGUUCCUGUUCAUCUCCAUCAAUGGUGAGGAACCAGGUGGAUUCCAGCCUUCAACCUGUUGCUGCUGCCUGUGGCAGCAGACAGGAAUUGAAUAUGGAGAGCACCUUGCAACAACCUCCACAGCCUCGAAAGAAACGCCCAGAGGACUUUAAGUUUGGGAAGAUUCUUGGGGAAGGAUCUUUUUCCACAGUUGUCCUGGCCAGAGAAUUGACUUCCUCCCGAGAAUAUGCCAUUAAAAUUCUAGAGAAGCGUCAUAUCAUCAAAGAGAAUAAGGUCCCCUACGUGACCAGGGAGAGAGAUGUGAUGUCCCGCCUGGAUCACCCUUUCUUUGUGAAGCUCUACUUCACAUUUCAAGAUGAAGAAAAGCUCUAUUUUGGUCUCAGUUACGCUAAAAAUGGAGAGCUUCUAAAGUACAUCCGAAAGAUUGGUUCGUUUGAUGAGACAUGUACAAGGUUUUAUACUGCUGAAAUUGUGGCUGCAUUAGAGUACUUGCAUGGAAAGGGAAUUAUCCAUAGGGAUCUGAAGCCAGAGAACAUCUUGUUAAAUGGAGAGAUGCAUAUUCAGAUUACGGACUUUGGGACAGCAAAAAUAUUGUCUGCAGAUAGUAAACAAGCACGGGCAAACUCCUUUGUAGGGACAGCACAGUAUGUGUCUCCAGAGUUAUUAACAGAAAAAUCUGCCUGCAAAAGCUCUGAUCUCUGGGCUUUGGGCUGCAUCGUGUACCAGCUUGUAGCAGGGUUACCACCGUUCCGAGCUGGAAAUGAAUAUCUCAUAUUUCAAAAGAUAAUCAAAUUGGAGUAUGAAUUCCCAGAGAAGUUCUUCCCCAAGGCAAAAGAUCUUGUAGAAAAGCUUCUGGUUCUUGAUGCUACCAAACGGUUAGGAUGUGAAGAAAUGGGAGGCUAUGGACCUCUGAAGGCCCACCCCUUCUUUGAUUUCAUCACCUGGGAAAAUCUGCAUCAUCAAACACCGCCCAAGCUCACAGCCUACUUGCCUGCCAUGUCAGAAGAUGAUGAGGAUUGCUAUGGGAACUAUGACAACCUUCUGAGUCAGUUUGGCUGCAUGCAAGUUUCCACUUCAACCUCUUCUCAGUCACUGCCUUCCCCAGAAAUGGGUCCCUUGCAGACCUCUGGAAACAACAUAGAGCAAUACAUCCACGACCUGGAUAGCAAUUCCUUUGAGCUGGACCUGCAGUUCUCUGAAGAGGAGAAAAGGCUGCUGUUGGCCAAGCAGGCUGGUGGGAAUCCUUGGCACCAGUUUGUAGAAAACAAUUUAAUACUGAAAAUGGGGCCCGUAGACAAGAGGAAGGGGCUGUUUGCCCGCCGGCGACAGCUGCUGCUCACGGAAGGGCCACACCUGUAUUACGUUGAUCCUGUCAACAAAGUCCUGAAAGGGGAGAUUCCCUGGUCCCUGGAACUCCGGCCAGAGGCAAAGAACUUCAAGACCUUUUUUGUUCACACGCCUAACAGGACAUACUACCUGAUGGACCCAAGUGGGAAUGCUCAUAAGUGGUGCAAAAAGAUACAAGAGGUUUGGCGACACAGAUAUCACCAGAAUGCUGCGAAAUGAGACUGCUCCUCAGUGCCCAUCUCACUCCUUUGCUGCUAGAGUGCCACGUGCCCCCAGACGGAGGACUCUUCCACACCCGGCUCACCUCCAGCUCCAGGGCCGAACUAGUUCUUCUUCUGAGGAGAA